AUGCAGAGCCUCUACCAGGCUGCUGGCCGGAUUCUCAUUCCUCUGGGGGCUCUCAGUGUGUUCUCUGGAGUAAUUGCCUUCUUCCCAGUCUUUUCUUACAAGCUUUGGUUCAUGGGCUGGAGUGUCUGGAUUGCCUGUGCCGUCUGGAAUGGAGCUUUGGCCAUCACGACCGGUAUACUCCUACUGUUGGCCCAAGAGUGGACCCAGAGAUACCUGUUUCACUUUGUGAUUCUAAGCAUUAUGGGCUGUCCUCUUCAUUUUGCAGUAGCCUUGGAAUCUGCUGUCCUUGGCCCCUAUUGCUUCUGCUCCUUUUCAGGCAUUGCAGGGACCAAUUACCUUGGCUGUGCAGUUGCCUUUCCUUUUCCAUUUGCAAAAUUCCCUCAGGACCCACCACACUAUGAGGAGUACCACCUGACACUCCCAGCCUUGGACCUGUGCCUGAGCUUCGUCAUGCUCUGUGUGUCCCUGACAGCGCUCGUCAAGCUUUCUGCAAGAUUUAUCCAGAAUGGACACAUAAAUGUAAGCUUCCAGAAAGGGGGAUCCAAUUCUCGUUCCAUCCUGAAUGCUAAAAUGGAAAGUCUGGAGCCUGGAGGGGACUCGGAGCCCGCGCCCCCGCCGCCGGGUCCCGGGGCGCUGGAAAGCCCCCGGCCGGACGCCCAGUCCGCCAGAGUGCGUCCUGUCCCGAGCGCUCCCGGCUUCCCGGGGAAAACUUGGCGCCAGAGUGCUGGGGCGCCCCGCGCUCGCCUGGACACCCCGGGAACACGGGAGGGGGUCGGCCUCCGCUUCGGGGCCGCGUCCUACUGGGCUCCGGUCCCCCCGCCCGUCCCCCCGCCCGUCCCCCCAGCUUGCCAGGGCUUGGAGGAGGGAGAGAAACGAGUAGAUUCUUGA